AUGUUGUUAGUCAAUAAUAAGCCUUUAAAACAAGGCUCUACUCCAAAUACAGCUUCCAUUUCGACUCCAAGCAAUGCACCUCCUGAUAUUUCCGCAUUAUCAAUUUCUUCAAUGUCAGAUUAUCACGUGUUUGAUUUUCCAGGCAAAGAUCUACAACGUGAACAGAUAAUUGACUUGUUAGAUCAACAAGGCUUCAUUCCAGAUGAUUUAAUCGAACAAGAAGUUGAUUGGUUUUACAAUUCAUUGGGUAUCGAUGAUUUAUUCUUCUCAAAAGAAUCGCCUGAUGUCUUGGCAAACAUCAUUAAUUCCUUAUACGCUUCAAAAUUAGACGCUUUUGCAAAAUCAAAGUUUUCUCAAUUACAACUUAAUACCGGUUUCAAUAACGUUAAUAACAAUGCCAACGCAAGCAAUCAAAUCGAUUCAACUUUAAUUAAUGAUGAAAUCGUCCAAGAAGCAGAACCUCCUCAUGGUAAUGUGAAAUUACCUCAUUCACAUCCUCAAAGUUUCAAUAUUAGAAAUAAAAUUAUCACAAAUAAUCAUGCAAUUUUGAUCGAAACUAAUAAUAUUUGCCCAACUAGAUUAUCAUCAUCUUCCAGUGCUUCAUUAGCUGCAGAUUUUGAAAGAGAUAGCAUCAACAAUGAACACUUUUUAGAUUGCAGUUCUCCUUAUCAAUUGGAUUCUGUAAUCGACGAUCUAUUCCUAGAUAACAAAUCAAGAAAAAGUUCAAGAUGUGUUUCCUAUUGGACUCAAGAGAGUGGUUUGAAAUUAUCCUUUAUUUACGAAUCUGUAUUCGAUGAUAAUAUCUCAAAGCAAAUCCCUCCUGCUAAACUGUUGAAUGGUGAAAUAGAUGGUAUUAGUGAUAAAAUCAUGUUGCAAGUUACCUCUCCCGAAAACAAGAGGCUAUAUGGUCUUCUAAUUAAAUUAGUUCAAGAAAGAGAAGGUCCAAUAAUCAAGACUGUCCAUUCUAUUGAAAAUAAUGAUGAAAUUAGAUUGUUGGUAGCAUUCAAAAGAUUUACGACAAAAAAAUAUUAUUCUGCCUUAACUUCUCUUUUCCAUUAUUACAAAUUGAACCCUUCGAAAUUUUAUUUGGAAUCCUUUAAACAAUCUGAUAGUAUUAAUGAUGAUAUCAUUAUAUUUUCGAUAUAUUUAAAUAAAACUUUGCAAUCUGAUGACAUUUUACCAAAUGAUUUAGAAUUGUCAAUUAGACAGAUUGAAAAAGAAGCUUCCCUAUUGUAUGCAAUCCCAGACAAUUCUUUCAGAAGAGUUUAUGAAGAUCGUCAAUUCUCCCCUCAAGAAGCUGUAUAUGCUCAUGUUGGUUCUAUCUUUAUUAACCACUUCAUUAACAGACUAGGUGCGAAUUAUCAAGCUUUGAUUUCUCAACUAAAUCUAAAUGAAUCAAAUACUCUAUUAUUAGAGAUUGUUGACAACCUAAAGAAAAAAUUGAGAUCUGAAACGUUUACAAAACAGAUGAUCAUAGCAAAUUUAGAAAAAUAUCAUAAAAUUGUCUCAAAAUUAUACAAGAAUUUUGCAGAAUUACAUCAUUAUCAAGACAAUGCCAAAAAAUUAGAAAAUACUUUAUCUUAUCAAAGAUUCUCAAAAUUAGAACCAUUUGCAAAUGAUCAAGAAUUUGAAUCAUAUUUGAACAAAUUCAUUCCAAAUGAUUCUCCUGCUUUAUUGAUAUUGAAAACAUUAAACCUAUUCAAUAAAUCUAUAUUAAAGACAAACUUCUUUGUGACAAGAAAAGUUGCUAUUUCUUUUAGAUUAAACCCAGAAUUAAUCAUGCCAAAGUCUGAAUAUCCGGAAACUCCAUUUGGUAUCUUUUAUGUCAUUGGUAACACAUUUACUGCCUUCCAUAUAAGAUUUAGAGAAAUUGCUCGUGGCGGUAUCAGAAUUGUUGUUUCAAGAACAUUAGAUGCAUAUGAAGUUAACUCGAGAAGUAUUAUUGAUGAAAAUUAUCAAUUAGCAUCAACUCAACAACGUAAAAAUAAGGAUAUCCCCGAAGGUGGUUCAAAAGGUGUCAUCUUAUUGAAUCAUGGUUUGACUACUCAAGACCAUACUUUUAUUGCUUUUAGUCAAUAUGUCGAUGCAAUGAUUGAUAUCUUAAUUAAAGAUCCAUUGAAAGAAAAGUACAUUGAUUUGUUAGGUCAUGAGGAAAUCUUAUUCUUUGGUCCUGAUGAAGGUUCCGCAGGCUUCGUCAAUUGGGCCACUGAGCACGCAAGAAAGAGAGGUUGUCCAUGGUGGAAGUCUUUCUUGACCGGUAAAUCACCAAAGUUAGGUGGUAUUCCUCAUGAUGAAUAUGGUAUGACUUCAUUAGGUGUUCGUGCUUAUGUUAACGAAAUUUAUAAAACUUUGGAAUUAACUGACAAAAAGAUAUUUAAAUUUCAAACUGGUGGUCCAGAUGGUGAUUUGGGUUCGAAUGAAAUUUUGUUAUCCACACCUAACGAAGUUUAUGUAGGUCUUCUAGACGGAUCUGGGGUUUUGUGUGAUCCAAAUGGUUUAGAUAAGUUGGAAUUAGUGAAAUUAGCUCAUGAGAGAAAAAUGGUUUCCAACUAUGAUAAAGCUAAACUAAGUGAAUUAGGUUUCUUGGUAACAAUUGAUGAUAUGGACGUAAUGUUGCCAAAUGGUACAAUUGUUGCAAAUGGUACUACUUUUAGAAAUACUUUCCAUACUGAAGUAUUCAAAUUUGUUAAUCGCGUUGACUUGUUUGUCCCAUGUGGUGGUAGACCAAGUUCUAUCAAUUUGAAUAAUCUAUCAUCAUUUAUUGAUGAAAGAACUAAUAAAUCCAAGAUUCCUUAUAUUGUUGAAGGUGCUAAUUUGUUUAUAGCCAAAUCGGCAAGUGUCGCAUUAGAGAAACAUGGUUGUAUUUUGUUCAAGGAUAUGUCUGUUAAUAAGGGUGGUGUUACGUCUUCAUCUUUAGAAGUUUUGGCUUCCUUAUCAUUGAAUGAUAACGAUUUUGUCAAUAAAUUUAUUGGUCAUAGUACUGACAGAACUCAAUUAUAUAAGGAUUAUGUUGUUGAAGUUCAAAAGAGAAUUAUGGAAAAUGCUGAGUUGGAAUUCCACCAAUUAUGGAACUUGAGAAAUUCCACGAACUCUCCAACUACAAAAUUAUCAAUUACUUUAUCCCAAACAAUCAAUAAGUUGAAUGAUGACUUAAUUGAUUCUAACGAAUUAUGGAAUAAUGAUUUAGUUUUACGUGAUUACUUAUUGUUGAAUAAGAUUAUUCCAAAGCUUUUGAUCGAUAUUGCCGGUCCAGAAAAUAUUUUAGAGAAUAUUCCAGUACCAUACUUGAAAGCUUUGAUUUCAAGUUAUUUGUCAAGUUCUUUUGUUUACAAAUUUGGUAUUGACGUCGAUAUUGGUAAAUUCUUAGAAUAUAUUGGUGACCUUAAGAGAGAGGCGUAUGCUUCCUCAUAA